GAAGAAGUCGAUCGUCCAAGAGUCGGUCGAGUUAGUCAUGGACCAUUGGAUGCUGCUUCCUAACCGUCGUCCACUUUAGUUCGCUCAUCGAAGAAAAUUGAUCAAGUUUUCGCGGUUCUUUUUCCCUCCCAGCACGGGCGCAUCCGAAUUUUCGAAUUCUUCCCAUUUUCUUGUUGUUGAAAAAGUGCUCAAAACGAAGGAAAAUUCUCAAAAUUGAAAGAUUUUUUCUUAAGUGGUACGUGUAUGUGUUGAGGGAAAAAUGCUGGGUGGGAUGAGAAGUGGGAUGAAUUGUGAAAUGCCCCAGAGAUUGUGAAAAAAAAAGAAAACGCCUAGAGUGCCAAGUGGUUUUGUGCUUUGUUUGGAAUGAAAUACCUCACAAUUGCAAUGGAUACUUACUAUUAAAUUCCACCAUAGACAUACCCAAUAUAUACCUAUAAUUAGUAGAAGAACAAAAAUUCCGAGCUUCAGCAGCCAGAAAACCUGCAAUUGAUUGGGAUUCCUUCAACAAAACAACCAUCUUUUACCAAGAGGACAAGAACCCUGGUGCACAGAUUGACCUGAAACGAUCACGGUGCGCGUCUGGCCCGGGAAUGACCCCAUUACCUCCUUUGUUCGGCCGGCAUGUGCCAAGGCGAGUGCCUUCAUGAGUCAUACAACCAAUGGGGGUGGGGGCCAUCAUCAGGGAGCUCCACCGCCCUCAUCAUCUGCCACAGCCCUCGUGGCUGCUGUGCCACUCACACCGCAAACCAACACACCCCCAACAGCAUGGAGUCUAGCUGGACGACACAGCUGGGAUCCCGGUAGGAUUGGUGUUGAGCACCUAGCAGGUGCCCUCAGUCCACUCUGCAUCACCGAUGCUAAUCAUGAGAUCGUGCGACCAAAGCCACGACGAUAUGUACCUUCUGGGAGUGCUGCAUCAUCUAGCGCGGCCCCUGUCUCCUACCCAGCACACAGUGUCCCCAUACAGAGUCCUGCCAUUGUAUCACCUGCCCUACGUGUCCCGAAGGAGAUUGCUUCGCGACCAACGGCGGAUCAGUACCGAAAGACUGCAGCUUCUCCUGCCAAUGACCUCUCCACGCCAGCCAGCAAUGAGUUCAGCAGCUCAAGUAAGCGUGAGGAUGGUGUUGGGGGGAAUUCCUACAUGGACACCACGCUGGCCAUCUCAGGACCCGCACGACAAUCUCAAAUGGCAGCAGCUAGCAAAGUUGUGACCACUAUGGUGCCCGAACGCGACACAGGACCGGGGAAGGUGACAUCAGGGAAUUGCAAAGCAAUUCCUCAUAGAUCACUAGCUGGCCCUACAAAACUAACAGUUCAGAGUACCCCCGUCAAAUAUCAUCCACCAAUGCUGAGUUCUGCCCUCGAUAGUCACAACAAAGUACCCCAACUCAGUCGUCCGGCAACUAAAGCCACAAACCCCUCUUCCGGGAAUGCGAAUCAGCAGCAAUGGCAGGGUACGCAGGCACAGAGUCAGCAUCAACAGCAACAGCAGGCAAAGGGAAAUGCCCUCCGGACGCAUCAUGCUCAUGAUUUGCGUGGUUUGCAGCGUGUGGCUGAGUGCCAUUCAUCAUCAGAUGAGAAUCGCUCCUCGGGACAUGCAAGUAUGUCCGAUACGGGGCAUGGAAGUAGCUCACCCGGUGGGAAUUGCAAUGCAACCCUCGGGCCAUUGCCGGAGGAUAGACUAGCGGCUGGGGUAACAAGUCGCAGUACGAGAUCCAGAGCAAGUACAAAUCACUCUCGAUCCCGACAUAGAGCAACACCGGCUAAAGUUCCAUGGGGCGGAAGUGGCUUGGAGGAUAUAAAACAGGCAAUUCAGCAGCUAACAAUGCGAUCACAGACAAGCACAUCCACGUACAGUAGUUUGAGUGCGGGAUCUGAGAGUUCAGAGCCAGCACGUCGCCUUGGGCGGUACUCCUCGCUGGAGACGGUGAAUACCAACGUUACCAGUGCUGAUGAAUUUGUCUGGGUUGACUCCCACAAUCGUCUUGUGGAGCUGCAGUACCCGCCGUGGAGUCAGCACUGCAUUCUCCGUGUUAUCCGUGCUGGGAGAUGCCGUGAGAAUGCUGAGAGGAUUAGCAUUGAGGCAGUUCCGCGGUUGGGAUACCUCCUUCAGCGUGCUCUUGUGCGUGUUGCGCGGGAAAUUCAGCGUCUCUCGUGUGCUCUGGGCCUGUGCUCGAAGCACGAAGUUGCGGGGGCGUUCAAAAUUGUCCUCUGUCCUGCCCUUGCGGAUUCGUGCAUUAAGGCAUGCCUCAGGGCGGCCACGAUGUUCGCCGUGCCCGGGGAUGGGGCACUGAAACAGAGCAAAUCCUCCCGUGCGGGUUUGCAAUUGCCCGUGGGGAGGUUCCAUCGAUGGAUGGCGGAUGCACGUUUGGGGCGCUUUGUGCAUGAAUAUGCAGCUGUUUACCUCACGGCUGGCAUGGAGAAUCUCCUCGAGGAGAUUCUCAUUCAGAGCUUACCACCUGAUACGGCAAUUCCCCUCACAGCCACGGGGCUUGAGCAUGCAAUUGCAAGUUCCGGAGAUUUGUGGGGUCUCCUGCAGCCCUAUUCGCACCUCAAUGCCGGGCGUAUUGCCUCGGGGGCACUAACUAUGCCCCGAUGGGCUAGUCAGUCGUCAAUUGGAUCUGGAUCCGUGAAUAGUACGCAACAGCAGCAGCAGCAACAGCACAAUCAAGCACUCGAACCCUGCCUCCUAACCACAUGCGUGGGAAGUCUGCAGGAAUUGCGGGAUCUUGUCUUGAGGGCACAGCAGAAGCUGCAUCAUGUCAGCUUGUCUCAUGGUGCCCUUAAGGCACUCUUCUACUUCAUGCGUUGCUCUCAGCUGGAGCAUAGUGACUCAACCACAGCCGGGGGAAGCUCAGGUGGUACCAAUGGUGUCCAGGAGUUGUGCUACGAACGUGCCUACGUUGUUCUUCCGCCCCUCGUUGAGUGGCUGCGUGUAACAACGAGUCAUGCCGAAUACCGACAUGCCCUGCUAAUUGACAAGGAUGACAUUAUGCAGGCAGCACGGCUCCUCCUGCCUGGUGUUGACUGCCCACCGAGACCAAUUCUCGGUGAAGAGGAAUUACCCACGAAGCGUCUUGUGCCCGGAAGUGCCAACAGCACACCACAGCAGGAAGAUCCAACGGAAUGUGGUCGACGUGCAACCCUGGCCCUGGCUUUCCGGCUCAUCAUGACGGGUCGACCGGAACUCUUCCUCCAGGCCAGCUCAUUGCUGCCCUCAUCGAGUCGAUAUGAUACGCUCAAUCAUCAAGGACUCACGCCACUCAUGAUUGCCGCCAUUAGAAAUGACGAAGCCACCCUACAGGCUAUCCUCGAUACCGGAGCUGAUCCCAAUAUUGAAGUUCCCGGUCACUGUCCGGCCAUUCAUCCGGAAACGCAGCAUUGGACAGCGGUUACCUUUGCGGCGUGCAAAGGGAAUUUUCAGGCCGUGCGAAUUUUGCUUGAACGUGGAGCGCACGUUGAGGGUGGUGCGAGGCUGAGUGAGGACAAGUGUACCCUGACUCCACUCCAGGUGGCCAGUGGGGCUGGAUGUUUGGACAUUGUAGCCCUUCUACUGGCACAUGGAGCACACACAUUCCUCUCGACGCAGCAAAAGGACUCCCUGUGCUUCUCCGGAAGUGCCCAGCGUGGGUGCUACAGUGCAAUAUCCGUUGCCGCGGCGCAUGGUCAGAGGGUGACGCUGCGGAAGUUGCUCUCACACCCCCUAUCGCCAGGGAAUAGGGAAGUUCUCUCGCUCGAGGAGAUGCUAGCUGAGGGGGAUAGUACAGCACGUACAGCCGGUGAGAGGAAUCACACGACUGAUGCAGCACCAGCACUCAAUAAGACCCAAAUUAAGAGUCUCCAAGAGGCCAUGUAUCACAGUGCUGAGAAUAAUCAUCUUGACAUCACAGUGGAAUUGCGAACUUUGGGCGUUCCUUGGACACUUCAUUGCUGGAUGCAUGCCCUUGCAGCGGCACAUGAAUUGCGUCUCGAUGCAGUCAUUGAUCAGCUCUUGCAGGACUUCCUGCAGGUUUGCCCGGAUGACUACAGUUCGCAAUUUGUCACAGAAUGCCUCCCGUUGCUCUUUAAUAUCUUUCGCUACAGCAAAAAGGAGGGCACAACACUCCUUCUGGCAGAUAUUUUUGCCACAUGCUUCGGCUGGGAGUCCAUAAAAGCCAUCAAGGAGCCCGUAAUGCAACCUGGGAAUGGAAGUCGAAUCGAUCCGAAAUUUGUCAAUAAUCCCGAAUUGAGUGAUGUUACAUUCAGAGUUGAAGGAAAAAUCUUCUAUGGCCAUAAGAUUGUUCUGGUGACGGCAUCCCCAAGGUUCCAGAAUAUGCUGAGCUCUAAGCUCGUUGAAGGGAAUACCCCCACGGUCCAGAUAAAUGAUAUUCGCUACCAUAUUUUUGAGUUGGUGAUGUUGUUUCUCUAUUCGGGCGGUUGUAGCACAUUAGACGUUGUACCGGAUGAUAUUUUGGAGCUAAUGGCAGCUGCGAGCUUCUUCCAAUUGGACGAUCUUCUGCGGUACACAGAAGCAAAAUGCUCAACAAUGAUUGACAUUGAUAACGUUGUGGCGAUGUACAUUCACGCAAAGGUGUACAAUGCAAAUAAAUUAAUGGAGUACUGCCAGGGCUUCCUGCUGCAGAAUAUGGUGGCCCUUUUGACGUACGAUGACUCCGUGAAGCGACUACUCUUUGCAAAGAAAAUCCCCAACCAUGAUGUCCUCAGUGGAUUACUCCAGACCCUCCAGACGCGCAUUAAGAGCCGCCAAUCGCUCCAGAAUCCACCAAAUAUGCACGCAGCCGUACCCACGCGCACAUAACGCCCUUCCACGCCACUAAUUGCGAAAUUAUUUAUAAUCAUUUAAAUAUUAAAUGAAAAAAAAACUUUUGCUAUAUCAAUAUUUUAAUUGUGAGUAAAUAUAUUCGUAAAUACAUUUUUAAUUAAUUAUUAUACUUCAUUAUCCUUCCUAUUAUCAUUUUUUAUCAUAAUUAAAUGUUGUUUUUUUUUAUUUUUAUGAGUUUCUCCUCAUUUGGAAUUUUUUCUUUUUUUCUGAACAUUUUUUUUUCUUCUAAAAAAAAAACUUUUUUCUUUAUGAUUUGUUUUCAAUAGAAAGGAAAAUGAUUUUGUUACAAAACGCAAAAAAUACAAUGCAACUUUCUUUCCUUCUCUUUUUUGCAAAUAAAAAUAUAAAUUAUUUUAUAAUAUUUUAAGUUUUCUCAUCGCUCCCUCGCUAUUUGUAAGAAUUUUAUUUUUUCUUAUCAUUUUAUAGAAAAAUUGUGUUUAUGUAAAGAAUUUUCUUUCUCUUUUUGUUUCUUUUAUGUUUGUAUUUUAUCUCUUUUCGCACACUCUCACCAUGGAGAACAAUGAAGGAAAAUAAAGAAGCGAUUGUAUUACAAAAAAAAA